GUGCGAUGCACGUGAUUGAACACAAAGAUGCCUUCAUUUCAGUUUCAGGUUUCUUCCGUCUCCGGUGGUUUUUCUUUCGUUUCUUUUCAUCGUCAGCGGCGAUGGCUUCGUCAACAACCGGCGGCAAGGUGUCUUUCAAGGUCAUCCUGACGUCGGAUCCCAAGCUUCCCUUCAAAGUAUUUAGCGUGCCAGAGGCGGCUCCCUUUACGGCCGUGCUGAAAUUCGCCGCCGAGGAGUUCAAAGUACCUCCGCAGACCAGUGCCAUAAUCACCAAUGAUGGCGUUGGGAUCAAUCCUCAGCAAAAUGCGGUAUUUGGCCGUUGGAUGCAGGCAAUGUAUUUCUCAAACAUGGUUCUGAGCUGCGCCUCAUACCUCGUGACAGAGUUGGAGCUUCGUCAGCAUAAAACAUCAGUUAUUCAAUUUUUACUAGACUGGAAUGCUUUCUUUCUUGAUUAAGCUUAAUUAUGCGCAUUACUCGAAGUUCACUUUGAUAUUACAUUAUUGUUUUGGGGAAUAUAAUUUAGUUAUUGAUAAUUUUCUCUCUAACGAUG